UCCAGGAGCUGAAUACGUAGUUAACUAAGUUGUGUAUUUAUUAUUUAAAUUAUUAGCUUCGCUGUGCUAUGGCGCUAUUCCAUCACUACGUAAAAAUAUAAUGCAGGGAUUUCAAGCGCUAAUUAUAUUGACACUCGUAGUUACCAAUGUCAGUGCAAAACAAAGUAGGAGGGAGGAAACAAAUCGUACUACUACUGCUGAGUACCUAAAUGUGAGCGGAUAUCAGCGCUUGUCGGCCUGGACCUAUACAACUGCGGACACACAAUUCGCCAAUGUUGGCUUCUUGCAAAGCAGUGAUAGUUAUGACAGAAUUGAUGGGUACGCUGCCGCGUGCGGGAAGGCAUGUCAACAAUUUGGAGGUUGUCUGGGUGUUGCCUUUUCUUAUUCGUAUGAGAACUCACAGUUAAACAAUUGUAUGAUGGUGGGUAGCGUCGAAGUACUGCGGGAAUUGGAAUUAUGGGAUGAAACAGAAAAGGAGGCUUUACAGGUCUUUAUCGAAGAUCCCGCGAGAUUUUGCGGACCAAACGACCAAUACUUUGGCCUGUCUUUGUAUCUCGAUAAUCACGAAGUGAUUGACUCUUUAACUUGUCGACCACGACUGGUGGAAGGCGACAUUUGCGCACUAUAUACCGAUUUCACGUACCACAAUGGAGGCUGUGGACCUGAUUUAACGUGCGGAAUCACAGAGGAUAUCGUCUCCAGUCACUGUGUUAAAAAUGCAGACUCCGACAAUAUUAUUUUACAAAUUAAUAGUCCGAAUAGAGUAACAAACACCGCAGGAACUGGGCAAGUCUCGGGCUAUACGUUGCCGCACCCUAGCGUACUCACUUUAACGACGUACGAUUACGACAAUUCUUUCCCUGUAAGUGACCUGCACGGUUCGAAUGCCUACGCAACUGCCAGUGCAUACGUCAGUGCUUGCUCAGAACAGUGUAAUGGUAGAGAAGAUUGUAUGGGAAUUGCCUAUAGAUUUAAAAGUCAAGAUAGUGAGAAGAAUUCAUGUCGAUUAUUUGUUGACGGCGAGACCCAAUAUAAUUUUAUCGGCUGUGGUGCUAACGAGGGCGAAGGCAUGGCUCUACGGGCAUUAUUCAAACUUAGGUAUACGUGUAAUACAGAGGGGCAGUUUUAUGGCUACCUUUACCAGGGUGAACAGUGCGAGGUCAUCAUCCAGAAUUAUGGGUGCCAGGAAACAAUACACGAAGGAGAGACUUGCAGCGCAUCGGACGAGACAGAUGCAGUUAUGGUUGAUUUCAGUAAUCACAAUUCUGGCUGUGAGGUGGGAACGUCUUGCAGACGCACAGAGGACGAGAACGAUGUUUCGCCAGCUAGGUGUAGAUCGCUUGUCGUCUCUGACAGCAGGUAGAGCUUUGUAUUGUAGUCUCGUCACUAUAUUAUACCAACCCCGUCCUGACAGCCUUUUAUAAAGGCAGAAGGAAGAAAAAAAUAGGCACCCUGCACCCUGCGCCUGAAGGCGACUCAAGUGUUGGUAAGCCAUGAAGUACUUCACGAAUUUAUAAGCAAGGUCCAAGAUGCUUACUUGUCGUUCGAGUAGUUCUGGGGCUUUAAAUUCUAAAAAAAAGUAGUUCUGCUGUGCCGUGCUCCGCACUUAAGGUGGACCUACACAUGCGGGUGCACUUCACGAAGAGCUUGCAGCUUUAGCUUUUGUAUAUACAAUUGUUUUUAAAAAGUUGCUGUGGCA